CAUUCUUUCAAAUCCAACCAAUCAUCACAGAAAGAUUUUCUCUCACUAAAUAAUUAAUCAAUUAAUGGCUUCAUUGAACUUUUUCUUCUCGCCGGCGAUGAGCGCCGGAAGAGUAUAUGCAGCGACGGCGGCGAAGAGCUCCGGUGCCAGUGAGGAGAAGAGUCUACUGGAUUUUAUACUUGGAAGCUUGACCAAAGAUGAACAGAUGCUUGAGACAGAUCCGAUUCUUAAGAAGGUCGAGGAGAAGAACUCCGGCGGAAGCGCCGGUGGCCGGAAGAAUUCCGUCGUUGUACCUCCAAAGAAGAAGUCCGGCGGCUUUGGGGGCCUAUUUGCUAAGAACGAAUAAUUAAGGGAUCUUUUUCUCAUUCUCUGUCGUUUCUCUGGUUGGUUUUAUGUUAUGUUAUCUACUUAUUAUUAUUCUUCUUCAUAUAUGAUAAUUGCUACACUUGAUUUAUAAAUAAUUCUCUAAAAUUUAUUAUAAUGUGUUGCCACUUUAAUUUAUUGGGUUUUAUUUAUCCUAAUUUAUACUUGCA